AUGGCGCCAAUUAAGAAAGCUUAUGAAGACAUCCUAACCUAAAAAGUUGUUUGGUUUUGAACCGUUAAACAUGUUUUAUCAUAUUUCAUUAGAACACGAAAUACUUCUUCACCCACAAUAUUUCGGACCCCAACUGCUUGAAAAAGUGAAAACUAAGUUGUAUACCGAAGUAGAAGGAACUUGUACUGGAAAAUAUGGGUUUGUUAUUGCUGUGACAACUAUCGAUAAUAUUGGAGCUGGUUUGAUUCUUCCAGGACAAGGUUUUGUGGUGUAUCCAGUUAAAUACAAAGCGAUAGUGUUUAGACCUUUUAAAGGGGAGGUUUUGGAUGCUGUUGUAAGACAAGUUAAUAAAGUUGGAAUGUUUGCUGAAAUUGGACCGUUAUCCUGUUUUAUUUCGCAUCACUCAAUUCCCGCUGAAAUGGAAUUUUGUCCAAACGUAAACCCGCAAUGUUAUAAAACCAAAGAUGAAGAUGUUGUUAUUCAUUCAGAAGGUGAAAUUAGAUUGAAAAUUGUCGGAACUAGAGUUGAUGCAACAGGAAUUUUUGCUAUUGGUACAUUAAUGGACGAUUAUUUAGGUCUGAUCAGUAAUUAAAAGUAAAUUAAUUAAGAAAAGGAA